ACCACUACCAGCAGUGUUUGUGUGACAUAGUCUGAAACGGGAGGUUUGUCUCUGAGGAGGUCACAGGUGCAGCAGUGGCCCGGGAAAUGCUGCGAAGAGUUGAUGACUGACACUGUGCGUUGCUCCGCGAGAGUAUUUGUGACUGUCUUUCUCGCCGCGACUCUAGAAUCACUGCCUAGUUGAUAAUGGCGCCUCGACUGGUGACGCAAAGCUUGUGACGUGUUCUGGAAACGAAAGAGUACAAGUUGUUGACGUUGCUUCUCCCCCCCAAGUAUUUAUUACGGAAGGCACGGUUAACAUGACAACUAUAACCAUCCCUCUACGUCUAGUCCUCAGCAGUAUUAGUGAGAGCGAGGUGAGCGGGAGCAGCGCCCUCGUGUCUCCGGUCCAGAGUCGGCGCCGCCCGACGCACGGACUUCCGCGCCAGCACCCACACAGCCGCGUGAGGAAGGUGAGCGCGCCGCCGGAGUUGCAGCCGCACUUGGGUGGCACUCAGCCCCAGCACAGCAACGCCCACGCCCACGCCCACACCAUCCAGGGCCACGGCGGCACGAAUCCCGAUCACGCGGACCGGUCCUCCAACUCGGAAUAUAUCCUCAGCCUGCCCUCACAGACGCAGCUGUCUCGGGGCUUCUACAGCAGCUCGGACUCCGGAGUGCCGUCCGAGUAUUCUUCUUGCGGAGGCCAUGUGGCAGAAGUGAACCGCCACGCCCCGCAGACCAGCUUCUCUCCCACAGCUUCCGUGAACGACCUCGCGAACCAGCACCAGACUCACGAGACUCAGGACGUGUCCUUCUACCAGUCCGACUCUGAUAGCGAGAGUCUGGACGACUUGCCUCAAGGUCACCGCAAGUCUGGUGUUGUUGGUGAGAUGAAUAACCAGACGCUGAACCACACCCACAUGGAGCCCUCCCCCCUGGUGCUCCCGGUGGGUUCCCCACCCCCCCUCAACCGCAUCCCCACGGAGCCCAUCAUGAACACUCCGCCUCCCCACCCGGCGGGCGUCCACCACAACCAGGCCCGGCGCCACAGCAUGGUGGUGCAGCUCAACCUGCAGGGCGCGGCGACACCCCUCUCGGGAUUCACGCAGGCGCCCAACACCACGCGCUCCGUGUCCAUGGUGUCGCUGACCGGCAACCCCGUGGUAUCCACCAGCAUGUACCCCAACCUGCACAACGACACGCAGUCCAUCUACAGCGACGUGGGCUACAGUCCGCCCGGCGCCUACCACGGCAUCCAGCACAUGGACUCCCAGGCGUCCCUGACGGGUGUCCCGCACAAGGUGGAGAGCCAGCAGGCGCUGGUCAAUCCCCACCCCGAGGCAGGAUGCGGCGCCAUGCCCGAGCCUCACCACGGGGCGCCGCAACCCGUCGAUGACGAGGAGAAGAGGUCCUGGUUCAUCCACACACUGAGCGAGAACCUGAGCAUCAUCUACGCGGUGUUCCUGGUCACGCUGGGCAUCGUCAUCUACCUGGCAGACACCUUCAACAACCACGACUCCGCAAUGGCCGAGGCCUUUAACGUGUUCCUGAUCGUGGUGCAGCUGCUCUGGCUCUUCUACGUGCACGUGGAUGUGCGCCGCUACGUGAGCCACAUCUCGCGGGCGCUGGAGGAGGCCAAGACCAAGCAGGUGAACAAGGACGAGCAGGUGCAGCUGGAGCCCACCGGGGACGGCCAGUACCAGCUGCGCAUCAACGUGCCCGAGGCGCCGAGGACCAUCCCGCAGUACUAUGGCUUCACCUCGGGCAGGCACGGCGGCUCCCUCUACCUCAAGAUCGGUGCUACAGUCUUCUGCCUGGGUUACCUGAUCCACACCGGCCUUAACCUGGGCCAGAAGAUCCUGUACCUGACGGAGGACAACGAGGACUUCGAGAAUUGCACGUGCACGACUGACGUGGUGAUGUACGUGCUGCAGCCUGUGUACGCCUUCUACCAGCUCUUCUUCAUCUUCAAGUACUCCAACCUCAUCAUCAACCGCAGGAAGGUGUUUGCGAGGUUCGGCAUCAUGCACUGCAUCGCCUCCUCGCUGUGCUUCUGGGUGUUCACCAUCAUGCAGGAAACACUCCAGGCCAUCUUCAUGAAGAGCAAGGACAAGAGCUACGACUACAGCGGCACCACCGAGGCCUACAAGAAGUACUCGCUGCUCAACGACCUGGACGGCGACGACUCCAUCGAGAACGACGUUGACCACUCGGUGACCUAUGCGGCCAAGAAGGUUCCCGCCUCGUCCUCGUGGACCAUCAACUACGGGUGUGAGAACGACACCCACCUGUCCAGCAUGAUCAACGCCACCACGCCCUACCUCUACCCCUUCAGCAUCGAGUUUAACAUCCUGAUGGUGGGUCUCUGGAUCCUCCUGUGGGAGAACAUCGGCCGCUUCGAGCGCCACACGCACAUUCCCUCAGUGGAGGUGACCUACGAAGAGGACAACAGCAAGUCGCUCAGCUCGAACCUCAUCAUCUAUGUGGACUGCCACGCUUCCAAUCGCGGCCUGUUCGCCGGCCUGCUGAUGACCGUAGCCACCGUCAUCUCCAUUAUCCUGUUCUUCAUCUUCUCGGCGUCCGAGAGCACCCGCGCGCUGGGCGCCACCGUCAACGGCGCCAGCGAGGUGAUCCUGCUAUCCUGCAUGUUAGUGGCGGGAUUCUUCGCCUACAACUCCAUCCGCCUGCUGGACAUGAUCAAGCACGGCAUCAGCGCCGUGGACGACAUCCUGCUUUUCGUGUGCCUGCCCUGCAUCUUUUUCUACGCCUUCUUCACCAUGGUGCCUUCCAUCACGGACGGCAACUACCUGUCCGUGUGCGUUUCCGUCCUGCAGGUGUCCCAGGUCAUCCUGCAGACAGCGCUGAUGAACGAUGGCCUGCGCCGCUGCUCCAACUCGCAGGCGUUGCAGCACAAGAAGCCCGGCAGGGAGGUGAUCACGUACCUGGUGGUGGCCAACGUGGCAAUGUGGCUGCUGCAGACAUUUGAGAUCAAGAGCUCCGAGGGAAACUCCCUAUUCUACGACUUUUACGGCAAGGAGCUGUGGACGCUGCUGUCCCACUUGACGCUGCCACUCGCGCUCUUCUACCGCUUCCACUCCUCCGUGUGUCUGGCGGACAUGUGGAAGGCGUCGUACGAGCCGGAGGAGUCCCACUAGGAGGAGCGGCCUCUAGCGCGGCGCCCUUUACAGAGGCUGGCCUCGAUCCGGGUCCUCCCCAGCAGCAGCAGCAGCAGCAGCAGCAGCGGCGGCUGCGUCCUGUACAUAGUACAUCACCCCAGCCCUCCACCGCCGACCAGGCACACCUGAGCUGCUUUCCAGGGGUCUUCUCGCCCGCAAGCCGAUUAUAGAUACAAAAAUUUUACCAAUAGUAUUAAUAAGUUUUAAAAAUAUCGAUAGACAGGGUUUGAUUUUGAAUGCUAGUGUAAAUCACACACACACACACACACACACACACACACACACACACACACACACACACACACACACACACACACAUACACACACACACAGGAGUGCCAAGGGUCAGCGGUAGGAGGGGCCGGCCAUUGGCACCCCUCGGCUCCCUCCCUGGUGUGUACAUAACAGGCGCUGCCUCAGGUGCCAAGCCGCUCUCAUUGCUCAUCCUGUAUUUAUGAUGCCAUACAACUGUAGAUACUGACCCUCGCCCCUUGUGAUAAACUGGUCAGGUCGACGCGCUGCCCUCGGUCGGCUGCCGCGUCUGGCCGAGGUGUCGAGCGCCUCGACUCCUCCUCUUGUGAUAUGUAUGCAUAGUGGAGGCUCGCAAAGCAGCAGCAGUUCUGGAGUACUUGACAGAGACGGACGCUGCACGGCCGCCAAGGCCCGGCAUUACCUCUCGCUCUGUGUUGUACAUGUUGUACUUAAUUUUGUUUACUUAAGUUAUAAGACAAGUACAAGCGAAUCAUUUGUACUUAUGCCAAAUAAAAUAUUGAUUUAU